AUGGCAUUAAAACUGGCAGCUAUCAUCGCUUUCUUCUUUCUGUUGGCCAGCCUGGCUGUCAUCGUUACAGUGGCUGUUAUUCAGAUCCAUAAAAAAAGCUAUUUGUCACCAGGAUUAAAGUAUGGGAUCGUCCUUGAUGCUGGCUCCUCACGGACUACAGUGUAUGUUUACCAAUGGCCAGCAGAAAAGGAAAACAACACAGGAGUGGUGAAUCAGACCUUGAGGUGUGAUGUUCAAGGUCCUGGAAUCUCAAGCUUUGGCCUUGAUAUUAAACAGGACGAGAUGACAUGGAAUUCAUUUAAUGACUGCAUGAACAAAACUAGGAGCAUUAUCCCGACUGUUCAACAUAACACAACACCCACCUAUCUAGGAGCAACAGCUGGGAUGAGGUUGCUAAGGUCUAAAAAUGAAACUGCAGCCUCUUCGAUUCUCUCGACUAUGCAGAAAUACCUACAGUCCUGGCCCUUUGAUUUUAAAGGGGUUUCAAUAAUUACUGGCCAGGAAGAGGGAAUUUAUGGAUGGAUUACUGCCAACUACCUAAUGGGCAAUUUUGUGGAGAAAAACCUCUGGAAUUCUUGGGUUCGACCUCACAGGGCAGAGACCACGGGCUCUCUGGACCUGGGUGGAGCCUCCACACAGAUAGCUUUCACUCCCGAACAGGACAGCAAGCCAAACAGUACCAUAACAGUGGUGAUGUACGGAUACGAGUACCAAGUGUACACUCACAGCUUUCAGUGCUACGGCAGAGAUGAAGCAGAGAAGCGAGUACUUGCAGCACUCGUCCAGAGGUCUUCUGGCAAACCCUACGCAGAAAACCCAUGUUACCCUCAGUAUUACAACACCACAGUGAAUGCCAAGUAUAUAUUUGGAAGCCAGUGCACUGCAGCACAGAGGCCUGCUGAUUACAACCCCAAUCAGCAGCUCACCAUCCUGGGAACCGGCGAUCCAGCUCUCUGCAGAAAAGAAGUGCUCUCCAUAUUCAACUUCACUGCCUGUCCAGGGGAACCAAACUGCUCCUUUGAUGGGGUCUAUCAACCAAACAUCACUGGAAACUUUGUGGCCUAUUCUGGGUUCUACUAUACCACUGUGGCUUUAAACUUAAUGGGAUCAUUCCAGCUUGACACUUUCAACACAAGCGCAUGGUCCUUCUGUUCACAGGAAUGGCCUAAACUUCAAGAAAUGCAUUCGUCUGUGAAAAAAACCUACCUGAAAUCUUACUGUUUCUCAGCAAACUACAUCUACAGCCUGCUUGUGAACGGGUACAAAUUUAAUGCGCAGUCCUGGCUGCAGAUCAGUUUCCAAAGAGAGGUUGACAACAGCAGCAUAUCGUGGUCCCUUGGCUACAUGCUGAAUCUCACUAACAUGAUCCCGGCUGAGGCUGACCUUGUCAAACUGCCCAUGACCAGCUCUGUCUUUGCGGGACUCCUCUUCAUGUUCUCCAUGCUGGCCAUUCUCAGCCUCAUGUUUCUGGUCAUAUCAGUUGUGCAGUCAUGUUAAUCGUCACAGGUCUGACUUCACUAUGUAAUACAGGGUUUUUCAAACAGACAUUUAAGGAAGGAGGCUACCGCACUGGAAGGAAGGAUGUAAAGCCUCUUAAAAUUGAAAGUGGUGCCAUCCGAGGCCUUUGGAUAAAAGCUCUGCUUCCCAGUCCAAGGGAGGCGCUGGAUAUCGGCUGCUUGGCGCCUAUCAUUCAGUAGCUUAACCAAAGAAACUUUUGCAUUUGAAGAAGUGCAUUUGAAGAUAUUUUAUUAAUUUAUUUAUUAUUCUAUUAGUUAGCUGAUGUUUCAUUGUUUUCCUGGGAGUAAAUUUAUUUUAUUAGAAGUUAAUGACUUACUCGAUGACAACUUCUAGGUAUGACUGAUGACACCAAAGCAUGAAGACUGGUUUCUUUCAGUAUCAUUACUCUGUUGGGAUUAGAAUAAAAUAAUCGAUUUUUCUUUCUUACAAAGCCAUUACAUUUACUUUUAUUUUUUUUUAUCUAGAAUUGUAUACAGAUAAAACCAGAUAACUAUAAGUGAUGUUUUUAGCAGAAGCCAAAAAAUACCUAAUUGUCUUGUGAACCCCCCUGAAACUCGAGGGCAUCACUUUUCUGCCCAUUACAGACAGGGAGGGGUAUGCACUGAAAUGUGUUAUUAAACAAGUAUACGCAACUACAUCUUUAGGAUUCUAAAUGAUGUGCUAUGUUUGAAAGUUUCACUGAUUUAGUUUUUCCUAAAUUGGAAAUGUGUACAUAAUCCCAUUGUUCUGGGGAUGGAUUAUAGUCGAGCUUGAUAUUUGCAAGCCCUCCUUUGCUGUGUAGCAUGGUUCCUUGCUCCUUGCAUGGCCUAUCAGAGGUCUUCUACGGCAGGUUUAACUGAAUUUUCUAAAUCUGUUAUGAAGGCAAUCAUUUAUUUUUA